CUAGACUGUUCCAGCUGUGUCCUGAGGAGCUGGACCAGCCAAAUCCCUUGGGGCUGGAGUUGAAGCAGAACCAAGUGAGACCGUAGAUUCCUGGCUCCAGAGUGGCCAGUCAGUAGGCUGCCAGGCAGCUUUGCUUCGGUGCUCAAGCGUUCAGCCGGCUGGCUCUCCACGGGGAGGAAUGGCGCUGCAAGUGGAACUGAUACCCACCGGGGAGAUCAUCCGUGUGGUUCAUCCUCACAGACCAUGCAAGCUUGCCCUGGGCAGUGACGGAGUACGGGUGACCAUGGAGAGCGCCCUGACUGCCCGUGACCGGGUCGGGGUACAGGAUUUUGUGCUGCUGGAAAACUUCACCAGUGAAGCUGCCUUCAUCGAGAACCUGCGGCGGCGUUUCCGAGAGAACCUCAUUUAUACCUAUAUUGGUCCUGUCCUGGUCUCUGUCAACCCCUACCGGGACCUACAGAUUUACAGCCGGCAGCAUAUGGAACGCUACCGAGGCGUCAGCUUCUACGAAGUGCCACCCCACUUGUUUGCAGUGGCUGACACUGUGUACCGGGCAUUGCGCACUGAGCGCCGGGACCAAGCUGUAAUGAUCUCUGGGGAGAGUGGGGCCGGCAAGACAGAGGCUACCAAGAGGCUGCUGCAAUUCUAUGCAGAGACCUGCCCAGCCCCUGAGCGAGGUGGCGCAGUACGCGACCGGCUGCUGCAGAGCAACCCCGUGCUGGAGGCCUUUGGAAAUGCCAAGACUCUCCGGAAUGAUAACUCCAGCCGGUUCGGGAAAUAUAUGGAUGUGCAAUUUGACUUCAAGGGUGCCCCUGUGGGUGGCCACAUCCUCAGUUAUCUUCUGGAGAAGUCCCGGGUAGUGCACCAAAAUCACGGGGAGCGCAACUUCCAUGUCUUCUACCAGCUGCUGGAGGGGGGUGAGGAGGAGACACUGCGUAGACUGGGCUUGGAACGCAACCCUCAGAGCUAUCUGUACCUGGUGAAGGGCCAGUGUGCCAAAGUCUCCUCCAUCAAUGACAAGAGUGACUGGAAGGUUGUCAGAAAGGCACUGACAGUCAUCGACUUCACGGAAGAUGAAGUGGAGGACCUGCUGAGUAUCGUGGCCAGUGUCCUGCAUCUUGGUAACAUCCACUUUGCUGCUGAUGAGGAGAGUAAUGCCCAGGUCACCACUGAGAACCAGCUCAAGUAUCUGACCAGACUGCUCGGUGUGGAAAGCUCAACCUUGCGAGAAGCUCUGACACACAGGAAGAUCAUAGCCAAGGGAGAAGAGCUCCUGAGCCCACUGAACCUGGAACAGGCUGCAUACGUGCGGGAUGCCCUUGCUAAAGCUGUGUACAGCCGAACUUUCACCUGGCUGGUCAGGAAGAUCAACAGGUCUUUGGCCUCCAAGGAUGCUGAGAGCCCCAGCUGGCGAAGCACCACAGUUCUUGGGCUCCUGGACAUCUAUGGCUUUGAGGUGUUUCAGCAUAAUAGCUUUGAGCAAUUCUGUAUCAACUACUGCAACGAGAAGCUUCAGCAGCUCUUCAUCGAGCUGACACUCAAAUCGGAACAGGAGGAGUAUGAGGCAGAGGGUAUUGCAUGGGAGCCUGUCCAGUAUUUCAACAACAAGAUUAUCUGUGACCUGGUGGAAGAGAAGUUCAAGGGUAUCAUCUCCAUCUUGGAUGAGGAGUGUCUGCGUCCUGGAGAGGCCACAGACAUGACUUUCCUGGAAAAGCUGGAGGACACCAUCAAGCACCAUCCACACUUUCUGACGCACAAGCUGGCUGACCAGCGGACCAGGAAAUCACUGGACCGAGGAGAGUUCCGCCUUCUGCACUAUGCUGGGGAAGUGACCUACAGUGUGACUGGGUUUCUGGAUAAAAACAAUGACCUUCUCUUCCGGAACCUGAAGGAGACCAUGUGCAGCUCAAAGAAUCCCAUUAUGAGCCAGUGCUUCGACCGGAGUGAGCUCAGUGACAAGAAGCGGCCAGAGACGGUGGCUACCCAGUUCAAGAUGAGCCUCCUGCAGCUCGUAGAGAUUCUGAAGUCUAAGGAACCCGCUUAUAUUCGCUGCAUCAAGCCCAAUGAUGCCAAACAGCCUGGCCGCUUUGAUGAGGUGCUGAUCCGGCACCAGGUGAAAUACCUGGGGCUGAUGGAGAACCUGCGUGUGCGCAGAGCUGGCUUUGCCUAUCGUCGCAAAUAUGAGGCUUUCCUACAGAGGUACAAGUCACUGUGCCCAGAGACAUGGCCCACAUGGACAGGACGGCCCCAAGAUGGGGUAGCUGUACUGGUCAGACACUUAGGCUAUAAACCAGAAGAGUACAAGAUGGGCAGGACCAAGAUCUUCAUUCGUUUCCCCAAGACACUGUUUGCCACAGAAGAUGCCCUUGAGGUCCGGAGGCAGAGCCUGGCCACAAAGAUCCAGGCUGCAUGGAGGGGCUUUCACUGGCGGCAGAAAUUCCUCCGGGUGAAACGAUCAGCCAUUUGUAUCCAGUCAUGGUGGCGGGGAACAUUAGGCCGGAGGAAAGCAGCCAAGAGGAAGUGGGCAGCACAGACCAUCCGGAAGCUCAUCCGUGGUUUCAUCUUACGCCACACGCCCCGUUGCCCCGAGAACGCUUUUUUCCUGGACCAUGUGCGCACUUCAUUUCUGCUUAACCUGCGGCGGCAGUUGCCCCGGAAUGUUCUAGACACUUCAUGGCCCACGCCCCCACCUGCCCUUCGUGAGGCCUCAGAGCUUUUGCGAGAGUUGUGCAUGAAGAACAUGGUAUGGAAGUACUGCCGGAGCAUCAGCCCUGAAUGGAAGCAGCAGCUACAACAAAAGGCUGUGGCUAGUGAAAUCUUCAAAGGCAAGAAGGAUAAUUACCCUCAGAGUGUCCCCAGGCUCUUCAUCAGUACGAGGCUCGGCACCGAUGAAAUUAGCCCCAAAGUGCUGCAGGCCCUAGGCUCUGAGCCCAUUCAGUAUGCUGUGCCAGUAGUGAAAUAUGACCGAAAGGGCUACAAGCCUCGCUCCCGGCAGCUGCUACUCACGCCCAGCGCUGUGGUCAUCGUCGAGGACGCCAGAGUCAAACAGAGGAUUGAUUACACCAACCUGACUGGAAUCUCUGUCAGCAGUCUGAGUGACAGCCUGUUUGUGCUUCAUGUGCAGCGGGAGGACAAUAAGCAAAAGGGGGAUGUGGUGCUACAGAGUGACCAUGUGAUUGAGACACUGACCAAGACGGCCCUCAGCGCAGACCGAGUGAACAAUAUCAACAUCAACCAGGGCAGCAUCACAUUUGCGGGGGGCCCUGGCAGGGAUGGCAUCAUCGACUUCACACCUGGCUCAGAGCUGCUCAUCACCAAAGCCAAGAAUGGGCACCUGGCUGUGGUGGCCCCACGGCUGAAUUCUCGGUGAUGAAGGAGCCCUCUGGACCCCAACCUGAUUCCCGAUGCUUUGCUUACCCCCUCUGCCCCUCCCAGUUACCAAAGACUCGAGCUUCCAGACAGGGACCUAGGGACACCUCAAAGCCCACCUGAAAACUCCUGCCCCUAUUUACCCUCUCUUAAGGGGUAUCAGGGGCCAGGGAGCUACCCCAGGAGUGGGCCAGGCCGGGCCACAGCAAUAGGAAAAUGGGGCGAGCAAGCCAUGUCAGCCCCCCUGCUGAUGCCAAAUACAUGAGGGAAGGGAAUUUCUGUUGAGGUUUUCUCUGAGAUUUUUUUUGAUGCUUUAUCGGAAAAUAUUUUUUAAAAAAAUCCGUUUUCCUACCCCCAAGACACACUGGAUGUGUUUUCCCUGAUUCACACAGGGCAAGGAAUGUAGCUAAGAGUUGAGUGGGGUAGGCUGUGGGGCCCUCUUCCCUAUCCUGAACACCUCCUCCUUCCUGGCUACCUUGCCUCUCUGUCUGCCUACCCACCUGCCCCUUUUGCAGCCCACUGACCGCCACCUGCCUGCCCCCAUAUUCCUGCCUUAAGAAUAUCCUUUUGGCCAGGCACCAGUGGCUCACUCCUGUAAUCCUAGCUACUCAGAAGGCUAAGAUCUAGAGGAUCAUAUUUCAAA